CCACUCCCACUAGAGUUCCCACCUGUCCGUCACUAAUCCGCCUCGUUUGUUUCACCCAGCUGCUGUUUGUGCAAYUGGACCACCAGGGACGCUGUAACCGACAGUCUGUAAGCUAGGGUUGUGUUUACAGUAAGAGAUUAGCAGUUUUUCCUUCUCUAAUGUGUAUUUAAAGGGUCCCGUCAGCGACUUCACUCUGCGUCUGCACUAAGCUACUGUGUUUUUGAACGGGAGCUGCUCGAAGGUAGGGCUAUCUAAAACGGGGGCAUCCAAUAUCGGACAUAAACCGCUUCUAUUUGUAAACAUGKUAAAUUAAACUGAAUUAGCUUCACUUUGCUCAAUGGACUCAGUUGGAUAGUGCACUGAUAAAGCUAAAGGAGCCUGAGGAGGCAGCUGGAUAUUCAGAUGUGCAUGAUCUUUUGACUGAUGGACAAGCCCAACUCCAUACUGUGAAAGCAAAGUACAGAAAUGCAGUGUCUGACCAUGAUGGAGGACACCUUGCAGAAACCUUCCAAACCAGAGCCCAGUCCUGCACCCAGUCCAGCACCGCCCAGUCCAGCACCACCCAGUCCAGUUCCCAGCCCACUGCUGGACAUACUUGCUCUGCCUGCAGGGAACCAUGUGGAGCACCUAAAUGUGAACCAGAUCCAGGUGGUGGUCCGACGCUGCUCGACUCCAAACGUAACAGAGGAGACCACCUAUUUUAUUCCUCGCAAUCCUGGGGUGGAUGCUGGCACCAACACAGACCCACCUGUAGUCUGCUGCCCUCUGCUUCACAGGUUUUGCCCAUGUCCACCAAGAGGCCUGUUUGCCUCUUUUAUUACCAAAAUCCUUUUGGCAGCUGUACUCUUUGGGGUUGUCUGGUCCAUCACAGAGAAAGAAUGUCUCCCAGGAGGAAACUUAUUUGGAAUCACGAUACUCUUCAUCUGUGCUGUCAUUGGAGGCAAACUGGUCGCUCUCAUCAAACUGCCCAAACUUCCACCAUUCCCACCACUCCUUGGUAUGCUGCUGAUGGGGUUCCUGCUGAGGAACAUCCCAGUUGUAACUGAUGCGGUUUACAUCAACUUCAGAUGGUCUGCUUCUCUGAGGAACAUUGCAUUGGCCAUCAUCCUGGUCAGAGCUGGUCUGGGACUGGACCCCAAGGCUCUGAGGAAACUCAAAACUGUGUGUAUUCGUGUUGCAGCUGGGCCCUGUUUGAUAGAAGCCUGCACCGCAGCUCUCAUCUCUUACUUCCUCCUGGGUUUACCCUUGGUGUGGGGCUUCAUCCUUGGCUUUGUGCUGGGUGCUGUGUCUCCGGCAGUGGUGGUUCCCUCCAUGCUGGUGCUGCAGAAAGAUGGAUAUGGUGUGGAGCAGGGCAUUCCCACCCUGCUGAUGGCUGCUGGAAGCUUUGACGAUAUUCUCGCCAUCACAGGGUUCACCACAUGCUUGGGCAUGGCCUUCGCCACAGGCUCCACCUGGUAUAACCUCUUGCGAGGUGUGCUGGAGGUCGCAGGAGGGAUGGUUGCUGGGAUUCUUCUCGGCUUCCUCAUUCAGUACUUUCCUAGUGUUGAUCAGAAACACAUAGUGAUGAAGCGUUCCUUCUUGGUGUUGGGUCUGUCKAUCUUUGCCGUGUUUGGCAGUGCCGUGGCAGGCUUCCCGGGCUCUGGAGGCCUCUGCACCUUGGUGUUGGCGUUCCUGGCUGGCGUGGGAUGGAGAACAGAAAAGGUGCGUGUGGAGGAAGUGGUGGGGUGGGCGUGGGACGUGUUUCAGCCUCUUCUGUUUGGGCUGAUUGGAGCCGAAAUUCAAGUGUCUAAUCUGGAGGGACACACAGUUGGUCUUGGUAUAGCCACUCUGCUCAUAGCUCUUCUGGUUAGAGUCCUCUUCACCUUCGUGUGUGUGCUGCAUGCAGGCUUCAACAUGAGGGAAAAAAUCUUUAUAGCCCUUGCAUGGAUGCCCAAAGCAACAGUGCAGGCAGCGAUCGGUUCCACAGCUUUAGACAUGGCCAGAACAAAGGGGGGCGACGAGGAACUCAAGAAGUACGGCAUGGACGUGCUGACUGUGGCUGUGCUCGCCAUUGUCCUCACAGCCCCUAUAGGAGCUCUGAUUAUAGGGCUCUKUGGGCCUCGUCUGCUGCAGAAACCAAAGACCAC